AUGGCAAAUAAAAAUUAUAUAUAUACAACCGAAACAUAUGCUCGGAGUUUGUCGAGUAUCUCAGCCGUAGUCUCGCUAGCCGUGCUGACGAGUCUGGCGCCGAUCUCUCUGCGCAGCGCCUGCCCCACAGACGACUCGCUGGCUGCGCGCGCGCCGACCGCGAACGACACGCGGCUACCGGCGCCGCUGACCUCCACCGAGACCGCGCCGCUCGCCAACCCGCUUCUCUAG